ACUUGUUCCUUCUCAUUCAUGAAAUCAUGCUGCUGAAUAAUAAUGUGACUGAGUUCAUUCUGCCUGGGUUGACACAAGAUCCUGUUAAAAAGAAAAUAGUGUUUGUCUUUUUCUUGCUUUUCUACUUAGGGACACUGUUGGACAACUUGUUGAUUAUUAUUACCGUCAAGACCAGCCAGAUAUUUAAGAGCCCAAUGUACUUUUUCCUUCUCUACUUAUCUUUAUCUGACACCUGCUUCUCUACUUCCAUAGCCCCUAGAAUGAUUGUGGAUGCCCUUCUGAAGAAUAGCACUAUCUCUUUUAGUGAGUGCAUGAUCCAAGUCUUUUCAGCCCAUUUCUUUGGCUGCCUGGAGAUUUUCAUCCUUAUCCUUGUGGCCGUUGACCGCUACGUGGCCAUCUGUAAACCUCUGCACUAUGUGAGCACCAUGAACCGUCAAGUCUGCAGUGUGUUGGUAGCUAUAGCCUGUGUAGGAGCCUGUGUGUAUUCUUCAGUUCAGAUUUUUCUCACCUUGAGUUUACCUUUCUGUGGUCCCAAUGUGAUUGAUCACUAUUUAUGUGACUUGCAACCCUUGUUGAAACUUGCCUGUACAGACACUUAUGUGAUCAACCUACUAUUGGUGACCAAUAGUGGGGCCAUUUGUGCAGUGAGUUUUGUAAUGCUGAUGUUCGCCUAUGUUAUCAUCUUGCAUUCUCUGAGAAACCACAGGGCUGAAGGGAGGAAAAAAGCCCUUUCCACCUGCAUCUCCCAUAUCAUCGUAGUCAUCUUGUUCUUUGGUCCUUGUAUAUUUAUAUAUACACGUCCUGCAACCACCUUCCCCAUGGAUAAAAUGAUAGCUGUGUUUUAUACAAUUGUAACACCUUUGGUUAAUCCUCUGAUUUACACACUGAGAAAUGCUGAGGUGAAAAUUGCCAUGAGGAAGCUAUGGAGCAAGAAGCUGAUCUCAGACGACCAAAGAUGAAUGGAAGUUCCAAAAUCUUCCUAACAUCUUGAAUCAGCCUAGAAGAAUUCAACAGGAAAUAGUAUAUUUUUAUUUUGGAUUUAAUGCUUUCCUAUCUUUAGAAAAAUAGGCAAUAUGAACACAUACACUGGCUAGUGUUAAUUUCAUUUUGAAGAAGAGACCACACCAGGUAUAAACAGGUAUGUAAACAACAUUGCCUUAGAUUUUUCACAGUGGUCUCUCUGCCUCCACUGGAUGCCUAUGACCACUUGUAAUUUUUGUCUGGUGUUUUCCUUGUCCUUCUUCAUGUUGAUUUGUGGUACUGCUUGACUACUAAGCAAAGGUUGGCAAUUUGAAUCCACUUAGCUUUGCUACAGAGGAAAGGGCCUGGUGAUUCUACUUUGUUAAGAUUACAGCCAAAAAAACCACAUGGGGGUUGCCAUGAGUUGGAAUCAAAUCGAUGACAAUGGAUUUGUUUGUUUGUUUGUUUUUUUAUUGUGAUUACAGUUAGCCUCUAGAUUCUUAAAUUCCCAGUCUGGUAGCUUUUGUUUUCAAAAGUGAAUGUGCUAAUCCAGAGAAGGAAUUUGGGGCUUUGAAACAGAAUAUGUAUGUCACAGCUAGAAUAUUUUAGUGAGUUUUCAAUACAAAUUAGAAAAGAGGAUAAAUUGAGCAGAGAGAACUGAAUGUUUAUAGGAAAUGUAUGUUUCUGCAGUGGGGAUGGAUACCAACUUUUGUCACUACCCAUCUGACAGCACAGUCUCUAAUUACAUGAUCAUUAAGAACCCAAUUUCAGUUUCAUUUUUAUUUGUAUGUUUAUCUGUACAUUAAAUUAGAAAUGAAUAUUUUUAUUUGAGACAUCUAAAUUCUAUUUUUUUACUAAACUGUAUUAAAGUUUUUAAUUAUGUAUCAAUUUUUUUGUACCAAGAGCUUUGGCAUUUCUCUAGCUUGA